AGGGUUUUCGCUCCAGUCAUUUGCUCCUCGUCUUCCUCACAUCAUGCCCCGCAUGGCAGGAGUGUCUCACUGUCCUCUUACCCCAGCAGCAAGCGUUAUGAGGAGGGGCGAUCAGGAGGGGGAGGGUUUUCAGAUCACAGGAGGAAGGACAGAGGAGGAGGAGGAGGAGGAGGAGAGGGUAAGGACACAUUUGGGGGAGAAGGAGGAGGUGGAGGAGGAGGAGGAGUGCAAGCCACAUCUCUCUCCCUCACUUCUGGCCAAUCAGUCAUCACCACUUCUUCAGCUGGAGGGCAUCACCCCUCCAUGGUAGGAUCACUGGGCGGGACCUUUCUCCCGGGUAUGGGCGCUGUGAGGGUGGCGUCCACGGUGGUGACCAAUGUGAUGCGUCCUGUCAUCAGCACACCGCUGCCCAUCGCCAGCAAAUCCAGAGACGGAGGCACAUCGUCCAGCCCUCAUCCGCCAGAGAGGAAGUCCCUAACUCCCCAACAGCAGCCGCACUUUCUGAUUGGAUCAGGAGGCGGUUUGCCAGCCACAGGGGGUGGGUACUACUCUUCAUCAUCACCUCAUCCUUUAGGUGCAGGCCAUGGUGGUGUCGUGACUAACCUGGUGUUAGGAGGGGCUCUGUCUGCUCAGCCUGCUGUACAGCUCCUCACCCCCUCCCACCACCAGCAGCAAGCCUUCCCCUCCUCCGCUGUGUCUCAUAGCCAAACCAACGGGCCCCUGCCUAUCUCCCUGCUUCAUCCCCAGUUCCUUCCCGCCUCUUCCCUAGCCUCACACGGGGGUAAGGCCAUCACACAAGUCCAGUACAUCCUGCCCACCCUACCUGCCAACACCCACCCCAAGAGUCCUCCUCAGCAUCUCAGCCAGCCAACCAGUAUCUUCAACCUGCCCACAGCUCCACCCACACACAUGUCUCUGGCCAAUGGGAAGCAGCAGGGGUCCGGAUACACGUCCAGCUCUGCAGUGGGAGUGGUCAGCCCGGGGUCUAGAGUGCAAACACAAUCUCCAGUGCUCCAGGGCAAAAUGUUUGUUCCCAUGGCAACAGUACGGACAGCGCCAGCUCCACCCCUUCCUGUCCAGAACGGCGCUCAGACGGGAAGCAAGAUCAUCCAGAUAGCUCCCAUGCCUGUGGUCCAGUCCCAGCUGCCUCAGGGCGGAGCGGUCCAUCCUGCCAGCCCCUUCCCUGUCUCAGUGGGCACGGCUGCUCCAGGAUCAGCCCCCUCCCAGACUUUACUCCUGCCACCAGCUCCUACCAG